AAUUUUUGAUUUGUAAAAGCAAUGCUCCUAGAUGAUGUUGAUUUUUUUCUUCAAGGAAACAACAAUUUGCAUUCUCUUUCAUUUUCUUCAUUUUCUAGAGUUUCAGAGACAACAAAUUGCAUUCAAAUUUCUUAUCAUAUAAAGUGUUUUUAGAGCUAAUCAUCUUUAUUUUCUAUUGGCAGUUUUUUUUUUUUUUUUUUUAUAGGAUUUAAUGAAAAUACACCUUAGUGAAUAUUUUUUUUAGAAUUUAAGUAGGUUUUAAGGGUUAUAAUGUACGGAUUGUGUAAAUUUUUACAUGUCGUGCACUAUAUAAUUAUUUUUUUAGAGAAAAGAAGUCAUGCACUAAUAUUGUAAAAUAGUUUUACACCUUCAACAAAUCACAAUUAUGCAUCUAAUUACAUUCCACUUUUAUUUUAAAUUUUUUAAUGAUAUAGGAUUUUGUUAAUUUUAAUUUUUUUUAAUAAUAUAGCAUUUUGUUAAUUUUUUAUUGGUUGAACGUAUAAAAUAACUUUACUGACAGAGUGUAUAAAUAUUAUUUUUGUAUAGUACCAAGGUUUGUCUGAUUAUACUAGCGACCUUGAUUUUGAAAAUUGUGAUAGAUGAAACUACCAUAAUUUUUAUAUUUAGACCGCCAUAGUUUACAUGUUAUAUUUGUUGCAUUUGUUUGAAUAAUAGUAUAUAGAUAAAUUUCUCACUAAAUCAAUAAUCAUGUUUAGAAUUAUAGUUAAUUUUUAUUUUAUGAACAUAUUUUAAUCGAGAUACUUACUGUAAUAAGCUUACAAAUAAUAAAUAUUAACCACAAUGAUGGGAUAAAAUGCUUCCAUUUAUAACUAAUUAAUUUGAUGUAUGGAAAUAUUUGACAAUGAUAAAAAAAACAACAUUUAGAGAAAAAUAAUCAAUAUAUUUUGUAUUGUAGACAGUUGGGCGUGUGAGUGAGGUGGCAAGAACUCCGUAGUUUACAUAAAUCUCAUAAUUUUGUUAUGAUUCUGAUCAGUUAUUCAUUAUUACUCACUUUCACACUAUACUUGCAUUUGCAUCACCAUAGAUCAAUGUUUAACAAAUUAUUCAUUGUUAUUGUUAUUGUUAUUCUAAUAUGAAUGAAUGAUUCGUGAUUCAUGAUUCAACGAUGAUAGGGUUAAGAAAAUACUCAACAAAGAGACCUCCUACGUUUAUCAUUACAUUGGCUUCUGUGGUUUGUUUUGUUAUGAUUGUUACAGCUUACAUCUAUUCUACACCAACAACACCAUCCCAUCCCGAAAAAUGUAGUUUCUAUUCGUCCGAAGGUUGUCGUACGCGUGAUCUGUUUCCAAAUGCUUAUUUUUCUCGAGAAUUAACCGAUCAAGAGAUCGAAUCUCGUGUUGUUGUUAAAGAGUUACUCAACUUUGUUCCUCUUCAAACUACGACGCCUAAAGUUGCUUUCAUGUUCAUGACUCCCGGUUCAUUGCCUUUUGAGAAACUCUGGCACCUCUUCUUUCAAGGGCAUGAAGGAAAAUUUUCAAUUUAUGUACAUGCAUCCAAGGAAAAACCAAGACAUAUCAGUAGAUAUUUUGUUGGUCGAGAAAUUCACAGCGAACCGGUGAGUUGGGGGAGUUUUGCGAUGGUUGAAGCAGAAAGAAGACUUUUGGCAAACGCGCUUUUAGACCCUGAUAAUCAACAUUUUGUUUUGUUGUCUGACAGCUGCGUACCUAUUCGUCACUUCGAAUUUGUCUACAGCUACUUAUUGUAUACAAAUGUCAGCUUCAUUGAAUGCUUUCUUGAUCCCGGUCCUCAUGGAAAUGGAAGAUUUAUCGAGCAUAUGUUGCCUGAAGUAGAACUGAAGGAUUUCCGAAAGGGUUCGCAGUGGUUCUCAAUGAAGCGGCAGCACGCUGUUAUCGUUAUCGCAGACAGUCUCUACUACACAAAAUUCAAGUAUCACUGCAGGCCAAAUAUGGAGGGCGGGCGCAACUGCUACUCGGACGAGCAUUAUUUCCCGACCUUUUUCCAUAUGCUUGAUCCAGGCGGAAUUUCAAAUUGGUCGGUAACAUACGUUGACUGGUCAGAAGGAAAAUGGCAUCCUAGAUCAUUCGGUGCUCGAGAUGUUACUUAUAACGUCCUCAAAGCCCUAACAUCCUUUGAUCAAAGUCCACAUAUUACAAGUGAACCAAAGAGAACAGUAUUGAUGACACCUUGCAUAUGGAAUGGAUCAAAGCAGCCUUGUUAUUUAUUUGCCAGGAAGUUUUAUCCAGAUGCCUUGGAAAGAUUGAUGUACCUUUUCUCUAAUUCUACUGCAAUGUAAACUAUUUUCGAUUCAUCGUCAUUUUUCGAUAAUCAACACCUUAUGCUAUGAUCCUUAGCCUCAUCUUGGCUCUUGCACACAACAUUAGUCCCACAUUCCAGAGGCAAAUGGAUAGAAUUCUAUGGGAAGACAGAGAAAUUGAUUCAUAUUUUCAAACAUUUCAAUUGGUUGGACCUUGAAAGAUGAAUAGUUUGAUGCAUUUUAGUGAUUGUUUGUUUAGCAGCAUUGUGGAUUUUUGUGUUGGAUGGGAAAUAACUAAGAAGUGAAAUACAUAUGUCAUGAACUGAAGUAUCAGGUAACAUAGGGUGGAAAUUAGAUUAUUUAUUCAUGCAAAUCCAUACAUGAUUUUCAAAUUUGUGCUUCUUCAAAUUAACUUCCUUAAAAGCUUAGAUCUUAUUUAUAUGCUUUACAAUUGAUAAUCAUUUUUAAUAUAAAUUUUCACUGCACUUUUUCUGCAGUAAAGCCAAAUAUCAUAUGUGUAUAAGUGUAGAAACUAUUUUACAUCUCAACUCAAGUAUCUUUUAAGAGAAAAAGCUAAUUCAAGUGCUUGCAAUCGGUGAUUGUGGGGUUGUAAUUGAUUAUACCCUUUUGAUAGAAUCAAACAAAAUU